AAUUGUUGACGCUUUUCCACACCUUCUGUCGCGGAAACAUAGGACCACUUCCCCAUAGACAUCACAACAGCAUAAAAAAAAAAAAAAAAACGUAAAAAAAAAAAAAAUUAUACCGUUUUCUGUGUACUGUGUGAAUUUUUUUUCUUAAAAAUCAAUUCGUCUUUAUUUUCAUCGCUAUACAUACAAUAAUAUUCAAAUAAACUCUGAGUUUGUGUGUUGCAUUAAUUGAACGUGUAUACGUUAAGCAUUUACGUUAAAAAAAGAAAUGCCGAGUCUUUGAAUUUAUUAAGGGACACAGAAUUUUUUAUUAAAAAAGACAACCGUGAUGACAGAAAAAAUUAUAUAUGAACAACAUAUUAUUUCAUCAACAAUAUGUUUGGUCAAGUACAAAUAAAACAAGAGUAUUCUGGCUCAGAAGAUAAUAGUCAGAAUGGUACAAACGGUGUACAAACAGCACCAGAGUAUACAGGAUUUACAAAUCAAGACGUUGAAUAUAUGUAUCGACAAAUACCACAAUUUUGGCAACAAAGUCAAAUUCCAACGCUUCAUAUACCGGAUGAUAUACCAAGCAAAAGUGAUCAUCAACCACGUUCAAGCAUGUCUCAUCAAACCUCGCAAUCAGGACAACAAGCUUCAUCACCAGCCUACCUUCCACAGCCUAUAUUUCAAUUAAAUAAUCAAGCUGAAGUACAAGCAAUGCUUCAACCAUCUCAAUCACGUCAACCUCAAGAAAAUCAACAAGCACAUUUAAGUUCACUAAUCAACAUUCAUCAACAACGUUUACAAAUAACUGAAAAUAGUAGCAGCAGUAGUAGUACCAUACGACCACAAACAAGUCCAACAAAACAAAAUGGUCCUGGUAGGCCACCUAAAACAACAACAACAACAUCAACAACAAAUACAACAAGUAAAAAACUUAAAUGUCAAUGUGAAAUAUGUUUUAAAGAAUUUGGUCAUAAGAGUAAUCUUUUUAUUCAUAUGCGUACACACAAUGGUGAAAGACCAUAUAAAUGUGCACAGUGUGAUAAAUGUUUUACACACAGUGGAAAUUUGGCAAUACAUAUGCGAACUCAUAGUGGUGAACGUCCUUAUGCAUGUCAAAUAUGUGGAAAAAUGUUUAGUCAUUCUGGUAAUUUAUCAACACAUCUUCGUACACAUUCUGGUGUUAAACCAUAUAAAUGUAGUAUAUGUGGUAAAGAAUUUCGUCAUAGUGGAAAUUUAUCAAUUCAUGAAAGAAUACAUUCCGGUAUUAAACCGUUUCAUUGUAAAGUUUGUGGAAAAGAAUUUUAUCACAGUGGUAAUUUAACAACACAUAUGAAAAAACAUCCAAUUGAUAAAGACAAUAUCAAGUGUGAUAGUGCUGAACAACAAUUACAACAUAAUUCAAAUGUUAUGAGAUUGGCAAUUAAUGCUGCUGCUGCUGCAUCAGCAUCAUCAUCAUCUGAUUCAAUUAUCAAUGUUGGUAAUCAAUCAGAUACAAUGAACACUAAAUCAUCUGAUGAUGAUAUCAACAAUACAACACCAACGACUCAAACAUCCUCGUUUGUACCAUCAACAAGUUAAUGUUUUAAUUUUUUUUUUUUUUCUCUUUAUAUCUCGAAUAUAUAUUUUAAUUCUUUUUUUUUUUUUUUUUUUAAAUUUUUUUCAACAAGAAAAAAAAAUAUGUCUUUUAAUGUGCUGAAUCUCCAUAAAGACACAAUUGUACUUAAUUCCUCUUCCGUUAAAUGAAAUUUUUCCAAUUUACAAGGAAAUAAACUAUAAGUGGAGAGAAUGUGAUAUACUUUUUGGCUUUUUUUUUUUUUUUUUUUUUUUUUUUUUUUUAUAUACAGUUAAUUAUUGAGAUUUGAUGAGAAGAAAAUAGUAACAAUAAUAAUAUGGACAACUUAAAGUGUGUGUGACCAUUAUAUUGAAAAUAAGAUAACGUAAGAUGAAAAAAAAAACAAAAAAAAAAAAAAAAAAAUAGGAAAAAAAACGUAAAAAAGAAAAAAAAAAAAAAAUUAUAAUGCAGAAUUUAAGGAUAUAUAUUAUAUACAUAUUGAUUAAUUAUGUACAAAUUAUUGUUUCUGUAUCCAGCUCUCUAUCCAGUGAAAUGGCUUGAUUUUUUUUUUUUUUUUUUUUUUGUUCAUCUUAGAAAAGUAUAAAUAUAGAUUUAAAAUAUAAUAAUAACAUCGAUGAAGGAUGAUUAUAGAUAAAUAAUAAUCGAUGAAUUUUAAAAAUUUGUAUAAAAUAAUAAGGAGGAAAAAAAAGAAAAAAAAAAUCACAGAGGUUUAAUUGGUGCUUUGAUAAAAGUGAAAGCACAAACUUCUUAAAUAUAUAUUUUUUUUUUUUUUGCUUUUUAUUAAGUGUUGAGCUAAAGCUAGUUAUCAAGUUUUUUUAAACUUAAAAAAAAAAACCAGACAAUUUUAUAUCGUACGUGUUAGUAUUGUUUUUUUUUUGUUUUUUUUGUUUUAAUAUUGGAAGUAAGAAAAAGAGUCACAUUUUCCCCUCGAUAUAGUUGGAAUUUUUUUCUUUGUUUUAAUAAAUCCUUAAAGUAUAUACACACAUUACUAAUUUAUAAAUCAGCACGUUAUUAUGGCGCCAAUGACAACGGGUGUCAGGGGUUUUUACGGUGUUGGUCUGUAACGAAAAACAUAUAUGUAUAUGCCUUUCGCAUUAGAACGUACAUUCCUUUGGUGUUUACACACUCAGAUUAAUUCUGAUUGCCGGAUAGUUACGCUCAACAUUAAAUUUUAAAUAUUAAAUUUUAUUAAAACCCCAACAAUUCAUGGA